UCUCUCCGCCGCGCCUCUGCCGCCGUCAACUAACCCUAGAUUCUCCGCCACCAUUUUCCGAUCCAUACGCUCUCGAAACUCAACACUCCCAUUUCUGUAUUCCCUCCGAUCCCAAACUCCAUAUCCAGACAAUUUUUUGUCCAAUGCGAGAACUCACCGAUUGAAAUUAGAUACAUUUCGAUUACACUAUCCAUAACCAUGGAGUUUUGGCAUCAGCGGACAAUGAUUUCGAAGGCUCUAUCGACGGCGUUAUUCCACGGCCAGGCGCGGACGGAAUCCCCCAAUUCUUCACCUACUUCAACUCAGUGGUUCGUAAAAGUCGUCUUCACUCUCUGCUCUCGUCACCCCCAAUCGCUUGCUAUUCUCAACUCUGAUUAUUUUCGAAAUAAUUUGGAUCCUAUGGUUGCUUACGGUGUUAUUUAUUUAUUGAGCAAUAGAUCGGAUGAGCCUAGAUUAGCCUGUAAUUUCUUCAGCUACUCACGGCUGAAUUUGAAUGUUAUUCACACCGAAUCAACUUUCGAGUUGCUGAUUAGGUCACUGUGUCGAGCAAACCUCAUUGAUUUUGCUAAAACAGUCUAUGAUUACAUGAGAGCUGACCGGAUUAUCCCGGACAAAUCUCUGUUGGAUUAUCUAGUUUCAUCAUUUUCAAAUGCGGGGAAGUUUGGGAUUGCGGAAGACAUUUUAAUUGCGAGAGGUGAGCUGUGUAAGCAGAAAGAUGAAACAGUUAGUCCCUUUGUGUAUAACAAAUUUUUGAGCUCAUUAAUCAGUAGAAAUCAGGUGGAUAAGGCAGUUCUAUUUUUGAGAAGUCAUAUAUUGAAUUCAAAAUGCUUCCGCCCCGACAAUUUUACGUUUAACAUAGUGAUGCGGGGUAUGUGUGUGGCGGGUAAGGUUGAGAAGGCUCUCGAGCUUUUCAAUGUCAUGAGAAGUUUCGGUUGCUAUCCUGAUCUUGUUACGUAUAAUACUCUUAUUAACGGGCUGUGUAGAGUUGGCAAUGCGGAUAGAGCACAGGAAUUGCUGAGAGAAAUGCAAUCACAGUGUGAGUUCUCUCCGGAUGUUGUGAGUUACACCUCGGUCAUUUCUGGAUACUGCAAAUUAGGUAAGAUGGAAGAUGCUGCUGCCCUUUUUCAUGAGAUGAUUGGUUGUGGGAUUAGACCGAACUUGUUUAGUUUUAAUGUUGUUAUUGAUGGUUUUGGGAAAAAGGGUGAGAUAGCUUCAGCUUUGAAGAUUUAUGAGCAGAUGGUCAGGAGUGAUGUCCGUCCUGAUGUAGUGACCCUCACCUCUCUCAUCGAAGGCCACUCUCGGGUCGGAGACAUGGACCAAUGCAUGAAGCUUUGGGAUGAAAUGAACGAGAGGAGCGUGUCUCCUAAUGCGUAUACUUACUCCAUCGCUAUUAGUGGCCUGUGCAAGCGGAAUAGAUUGAAUGAAGCUUGUAGUUUGUUAAGGCAGCUGAAUGGGAGGAAAGAAAUUAUCCCCCAACCGUUUAUUUACAACCCUGUGAUCGAUGUGCUUUGUAAAGCAGGAAAAAUAGACGAGGCAAAUGCAAUUGUUUCAGAAAUGGAGGCGAAGGGGUGCACCCAUGAUAAGAUGACUUAUACCAUUCUGAUUCUGGGGCAUUGCAUGAAAGGGAGAAUGUUUGAAGCUAUAAAAAUUUAUAAAAAGAUGUUGUCAACGGGUUGUGCACCAGAUAGCAUUGCUACAAGUUCUUUGGUGACUUGCCUUAGAAAAGCUGGGAUGGUACAUGAAGCCAAUGAGAUAGAAAAAAAUGCAUUAAACAGUGUGCAGACACGUUCAUUGUCAUCUGAGAGAACUACAGAAUCUAGGACCAACUUAAAAAUUCCCCUGGCUGUUUAAUCGAAAGUCAUCAUGGCUGAUACUUUGUCUUGGCAUAGCACUCACAUCAGGAACCUCCACAAAUCUCUUUCUCUGCCAAUGGACCAGAAAAGAAGUUUGUUGAGGUGCAAUGACGAAAGAGUCGCAUCCCAUAUAUCAGACUGGCUAGGUUUGUUGUACUAGAUCCCGGAGAAAUUGCUCCAGGUGAAUUGGGGAAUUCGAGGAGGCAAAGCAAAUGAUGCUAUAGAGCCGUACCAAGAGCAGCAGUUUAGAUCAUCUCUCAAUUACUACAAUAAGGCUACGACCCUCACUGAGCAUCAUCUCCCGCGUAGAAAUAUUGAGGCUUUUGGAAAUUCUAAGGCCGUGUAAAUGUCUAUAAUUUUUGAGAUCAUUUUUGACAUGCCAUUUUCAUUGCUCACUCACGAUUCGUCAACGUGCCAAUUGUUGGAAAUCACUAACA